CUGGCGCCAAGGGGAGGGAGCGCAGGGGGGCGGCCCCAGCACUUAGUGCAGCUUCAGCGCCGGCUCCAGCCAUGGCCUCGCUCGUGAAGAAAAUAAUCAGCACUACCAAGGCCCCUGCACUGGGUCCCUACAGCCAAGCCGUGCUGGUGGACCGGACAAUGUAUAUUGCAGGGCAGAUAGGGCUGGAACCUUCCACUGGGCAGCUUGUCUCUGGAGGGGUAAAGGAGGAAGCCAAGCAGGCUCUAAAAAACAUGGGAGAAAUCCUGAAAGCUGCAGGCUGUGACUAUGGCAAUGUUGUGAAGACUACAGUUUUGAUGGCAGACAUGAAGGACUACAAUGAUAUUAAUGAUAUUUACAAACAAUUUUUCAAGGCAAACUUCCCAGCCAGAGCAGCCUAUCAAGUUGCUGCUUUGCCGAGAGGGGCCAGAGUUGAAAUUGAAGCUAUUGCCAUUCAGGGACCUCUCCAAGAUGCUUCAGCAUGACUAUAAGUAGAGACUGGAUAUCUUACAAUGACAGUUUUAGAUUUAGUUAAUACUUCCUUACAUCCAAUUCCUACAGCUGAUUAACAGCAGUUACACACAGCUUAAAUCAGUAAACUUACUGAGGAGAGGUGCUUUCUUCAGGACUUACAGUGAGUUCUCUGCUGGCAAACUCUGAAAAGUGCCUGAGUCCUGCUAAAAUCAGCUGAGCCAGAUUGUAGGACAGGACCUGCCCUUUGUGGAGGUGACUGGAUAUUCAGGUAUUAAGGUACAUACCUGGGUGAAUGUAUUAGAGUUAUACUAUGGGUGAUCUGGACGCAGAAAACUAUAUUGAUUUGUAAUAGUAGGUUUUUAGUAAAAAAAUUUAAAUCGGAAAAAAAUAACAAAUGAGAAAACAGAACACUUGAAUUGCUUAGCAUACAUCUUCACUUCUGAGGAAUUUUCCUGUAUUUGCUUCCGAAUUUUCUUAACUUCUUUCUUUACACAACAGAUUACUGUUGGGACUCAGAUGUUUUCAUAUGUAAGCAACUGCUUAACAAAGUUAAUAUUGAUUUCAGAAAGAAGACAAUUACAAUUUUCUGAAGUAAAGUGGUACCCUUAUAAAUCAGAUUAAAAUUAAUAUCUACAUGUAACCUUUCUCAUGAUCUUUUUCAUAGCAAUUCAGCUUUAUCUUGAUUUAAAAAAAAUAAAAAUUAAAAUAUGUUUAAUGAGAUUAAAAUAUAAUUGCAACUGCAAAAAUGUGUUUGUCUAUUAUGGGAACAAACUUUUCUUUUCCUGAUUAUGGUUUGAUACUCCAUUACAAAAAAAGUCUCCAGCUUGCUUAUCCAAUAACAGAUAAUUUGAACCAAAAGAAUAGGCUUAUUAUCUACAUCUUAUAGCUAAGGAUGAAAUUCUCCAGGACAGGAAGCUUUCAGCUACGACCAUUACAGUUCUUGUAAUUUUUUCCUCAGUCAUUAAGGUCAGAAGCAUAGAUUUGAUGGAGUGAUUAAUUAAUAUUAAGAAAUCCAACUGGUGAUGCUAGUUACUUAGCCCAUCCUUCUGUAUUGAUCUUCUAUCGAGUAGAAAUGGAUACUGUGAGAAUAGUCAGCCCUACUUACCAGUCCUAGAUUUGAUGUGAAACAGCCAUUCCUUCUUUUCACUGAGCUUAUAAACUGCACCGUUAUAGAACAAAGAUUCAUAAUGAGGUUGUCACAGAAAAUAUGUGCAGAUAUAAGGAUUUUUUUUUAUUGUAUUACCUUGCUUUCUUUGGGGGAUAAUUAUUUUUAUUAGAAGCAAGAUAAUGCCUUUGUUAUUUCAAACAGCAAACUUCCAAACAGCCUUUGAAAAAUACCUGACUUUUCUCUAAAUAAACUUCCUAUACAUAAACUUUGA